UCAUAAAGAAUUACUUUAUAUUUUCUCCACUUUCACACAGAACAACGACUGUUUGGUAAUCAAAGAAGAUUUAAGCAAAAUGUCUGGCCGCGGUAAGGGUAAAGCUAAGGGAACAAAAUCAAAGACUCGUUCAUCAAGAGCCGGACUUCAAUUUCCCGUUGGUCGUAUUCAUCGUCUGUUGAGGAAAGGCAACUAUGCCGAGAGAGUAGGUGCUGGUGCACCAGUUUAUUUGGCUGCAGUUCUCGAGUAUUUGUCUGCUGAAAUCCUUGAGUUAGCAGGAAACGCAGCCCGAGAUAAUAAGAAAAGCAGAAUUAUUCCCAGGCAUUUACAGUUGGCCGUAAGAAACGACGAAGAAUUGAACAAGUUGUUAUCUGGUGUCACCAUCGCUCAAGGAGGUGUAUUGCCUAAUAUUCAAGCUGUUCUGUUGCCCAAAAAGACAGGCGAAAAGAAAGCGUAAACUUUGCUUUCCUCAUAAACUUAAAACGGCUCUUUUAAGAGCCACCAAAUUCAUAAAAGAAUGAUGUUUUUUGUGCUUCUGUAAAUGAGAUUACAUCAUGAAACGCUUAGUAGACAUACAAAAUUAACGUAAUGAUAAUAGUAAGUACAGUUUAACAAAAACUAAGUAUACAUACCGCUCCUUUUGCCACCAAAUUUUCAAAAUGAUGUAUAUAUACGUGAACAAACACUCUAAACAACCUUGUUAAUACUUUUUUACAUGUUGGUAAAAACAUCUUGGGAAAUGGUAUGCCUAAAAAUUCAAAGAAAUUACAAUGUAUAAUAUACAAGGUUGGAAUUUA